UCUCCCCCAGGUGCACACUGAUGACUCAUCCUUGCUCAGCACUGCCCCGCCGUGGUUCUACCUGGUCACUACAGGUUCAUACUGCAACAGCACAACAGCAGUGUAUUUUUAAUGAAUUCAGACCUCCAGUCAUGAUGCUGUCUAUCAUCUACGGGUUGUGGCGAAGAAGAGGCUAUCGGGACCAUUUCCUCUUGUGGGACAAUGAGUGACGCAUACAAGGCGUUGGUCACCUCCAGCUGGCUGACCCCUGACCCCACAGCCUGGUCCAGCAGCGGAGAUGGAUUCACGGACAACGCCACCUACUCACCUUUGGACUCCUUUCCCCCGGUGCCCCCUCUCCUGGUCAACCCCUGGGACAUCUUGCUGUGCUCCUCAGGGACCCUCAUCGCCUGUGAGAACGCCCUGGUGGUGCUGGUGAUCUGGCAGAACCCGUCUCUCCGAGCCCCCAUGUUCCUGCUGAUCGGCAGCCUGGCCCUGGCUGACCUCCUGGCUGGUCUGGGCCUGGUGCUCCACUUCACCUUGGCCUACCUGCUGAGGUCUGACUCGGCCCAGCUGCUGACUGUUGGUCUGGUGGUGGCCUCCUUCUCAGCCUCCGUCUUCAGCCUGCUGGCCAUCACCAUAGACCGUUACCUGUCACUCUACUACGCCCUGACCUACAACUCAGAGCGCACUGCCGCCUUCACCUACACCAUGCUGGUCCUCCUCUGGGGCCUGUCUCUCUGCCUGGGCCUACUUCCCGUCACGGGGGUGAACUGCCUGGCGGAGGAGUCGACAUGCAGCGUGGUGCGCCCGCUGACUAAGAACAACGUGGUGGUGCUGUCCGUAUCCUUCCUCCUGCUGUUCGGCCUCAUGCUGCAGCUGUACGUGCAGAUCUGUAAGAUCGUCAUGCACCACGCCCACCAGAUCGCCUUGCAGCAUCACUUCCUGUCCACCUCGCCCCACUACGUCACCACCAGGAAGGGCGUGUCCACACUGGCCAUCAUCCUGGGAACGUUCGCCGCCUGCUGGAUGCCCUUCACCGUCUACUCCCUCGUCGCCGACUACACGUACCCACCUCUCUACACCUACGCCACCCUGGUGCCCGCCACCUACAACUCAGUCAUCAACCCAGUGAUCUACGCCUUCAGGAACCAGGAGAUCCAGCAGGCUCUGUGGCUGGUCUGUUGUGGUUGUAUACCGGCCAGGGUGACCCACAGGGCACGGACCCCCAGCCACGUCUGACACAGACCCAGGCCCUGGGAGGGAAGGAGAGAGGUGCCCUGGGCAGAGGAAGGCAGGCAGGCAGGCAGGGCUCAUGCUGGGUCUACUGCAUGGCUCUGUGUCUCCAUGGCUGGGCUGUAUCCAGUGAAGGAUGGAGGCAGCAGCAGGAGAAGGGGAGUUGGAGGGAUAAGUAGAGGCAGAGACAUACAGUAUAUAUCUUUGAGUAUAGGGUGGAGGAUUUGGUACAAAAGUGUACUGUAUGCCUACUGUACCUCUGACCUUCUCUAUCUCGGUCUUCCCCGUUUAAAUAUAAAACAACAUCACAUGAUCUGACCGCUGCCACCAUAGGUGUACCAUCCCCCUCCACCCCACCGUUGGGUUUACGUGCCACGAGGUGUUCUGUAGAUGACUGGGAAAGGAUGGUCGCAUGGCGCUGCAGCAAAUGUAGAUUACAUAGUUUUAGCCGCUUUUAAUGAUGCGCGCUUUUUUUCCUCCAUAAAAUGAUUGAGAGAUUAUUCUAUACUGUUUAAACUUGUCCCACAAGUUAAAAAGCUCGCGUGUGUGCAAAAAGGCAAUGUAUGUGUCCCAUGGACAGCGAGGGAGAGCGAGAGGAGUAGUGGAGGGAGUGAUGAGCAAAAGGGGGCGAUGAUCAAGAUGCAGACGUUUCCCUACAACGAAGCCGGGCUGCGGCUAGAGCAUCUCAUCUCGCUGCUGCACUCUGAACGUGCUUUGAAAGCUAAACAACCGCGAGAGGCUAAAAAUAGCCCCGGCGCUCUGUGAUCCGCGCGCCCUGCGUCCUCCGCAGACACCGAGUAAAGAAAUCAAGCCGAGGAGGAGGAGAGCGGGCGCUUAUCUUCCCUUCCAUCCAUCUUUCAAUCUCCAUCUCUCCCCAUUUCACGUGUGAGAAUGUAUUAUGAUGUUCUGUUUGCUCUACAUCCCGAGGUGACAACAGCCUCCAGAAGAUAAGUACCCUUAUUGCCCUACCCCUUGCGCGUGCCAAAUGCCCUUAGAUUAUGAUUAGACCUAUGGGUUUGAUCUUUUUAUCUCCGUUUUAUCCAGUCGCUUCUUCAUACAUAAACAGCCCAAUUCUCAUAACUAACUCAUUCUGUAUUUUACGCACGUUAAGUAGGCUGACUUCUCUUGAAAGUAGAGGAGAGUGAAAUGUUCCCUCUACAGACCAAGCAGACAGUUAGACCGGCUGGGAGCUGUUGAAACUGAAUGUAUUGUGGGAUCCUCGCUAUAUGAGCCAAGUUACAAUUACCACCAAGCAUGUUAACCAUAUUGGCACUAUGUGUGGGGUGUUUGCGUUUUAUGCCAGAUACCCGGGUUUGCUUCCAGCUUCCUCUUUUUGCUAUAUUGUUGUCAGAAGUGGGAUGGCGGCCUGGUGGCCAUCGGACUACACAGCUCGAGGUGUAUGAAGCAUAGGACUUUAAUGAAUACCAUUUCCGCUGAUAUUGCAACCAGGUCUCAGACCAUUGUGUAUUAUUCUAUAUGUAAAUCCAAGAUACUCCAUUUUGUGUGAUAUGUUAUGUUUGGUUACAUAAGACAGCCUUAACUCAAGGACUGCAAGUUUGAUAUCAUCACUGACACCUUCAGCAUUUUAGCAACUUUUCAACUACUUACUACUUUUUAGCUAAUUUCCAACUACUUAGCAUGUUAGCUAACCCAUCACCUAAUCCUAACCAUAGCCCUUUUAGUUAACCCUAACCUUAACCCUUUAACCUAACUCCUAAACUUAACCACUAGCCUAGCUAGAAUUAGGAACAUAUCAUACAUUUAGCAAAUUUGUGACAUAUUGUACAUUUGCAACUUCGUAACAUAUUGUACGUUUUCCAUCUUCGUAACAUAUAAUACAAAUUGUAAUUCGUAACAUAUUAUACGAAAUGGGGAUGGACAUCCACAAAGUAAUAGAGUGUUGAUUAUCAAUCAUCUAUGUGACAGACCAUGGUACAAUAAGUGUAUUUAUUUUAAAUGUUUUAAUCUUUGGAUAACAAGAAAGGAGGAGAGCAGUGACACGUCUUGUUCUUCCAGCUAUGGAUGUCUCCUGCCUCCUGGAUCCACUUCCUUACCGUGGCUGUCAGAAGCCAGUCAACACCACCCCCUGAUUUAGAGCGGUUGGGUUAAAUACAGAAGACACCUUUCGGUUGAAGGAAUUCAGACUAGGUAUCACCUUCCCUUGAUCAGUGGUGUGGACGUCAUGCUUGCUGCUUGCCUAGUGAGUACCAACAACUUCCUUCUGAUUCAGCUCCUUCUGGCUUGAACCCAGGACCUCUGCCUUGCUAGCACACGUGACCACCCUCAUUGACAACCGUUUGAGCUAUCGGAAAAUAUCUAAGCCGAUAGCUCAAUUUCAAGAUAGCUGUAGAGUGAGCUGACGGGUACAUCCUUAAUACAUUCCCCCCUUCUAAACUCGCUUCAUAGCUAACAACCCGGCCUUGGAGCUGAGCCCAACUGCGGAUCACGGCACCACUGUUAUGGACCUCGCGCUGCUUGCCUAGCAAGUACCACUUCCUCAUUCUGCCCUGUCAUAUCAGCCAGCAGCAACAACUAAGUGUUAGUUACUUCAUGGACCGAUCGCAAUACUCUGUCAGCAAUAAGCAAUGAUGUGUAUAAGCCCUGGGUGACUAACAGGAGGCGUUGUAUUGAAGCCACCUCGCAGUCAUCUUGGUACUCCCCCUCCAGUGUAAAAAAUAUUUAGGAAGACAUAGAAAUGCAUUUAUUAAUGUCUACAUUAGUGUCUGAUAAGUUUAUUAUAUUACAGACACCUUCAUGCAUACUUUAAUAUGUGAGCUAAACAUAAAAUAUUUAAAAAUCCUUAAAGUAUUUUUUUAUUACUCAUGUUACAGUCCCCUCUACGACAAAACAAAUACUUAAAUGCAUGUAAUUUUGUCCUUGAAACAUGUAAUUGAAAGAAUUCUGUAGAAUUCCAUUAAUUUCUAUGGAGGACUGCUGCUACUGGGGAGGGCCAAUAUGGCCGACCGGUGGCUUCAAAGCCUCUCAAUGGCCAAUACAUAGCAUCCGCAAUCCAGGGUUUAUAAACAUCAUUGGCAAUAACAGCCUCUUCCCAGCAGCAUCACCACCUCCAGCAUGAUGAUAUACAAGGACAACGAACAACAGCCCUUAUCUACGAUGCCAAGCAGAGUCCUUAUACGACCAGGCCGAAAAGGACUCUGAACUUCCCCAAUACUUGUGCCGUGUGUUAUUUCUCCAAACGGGAAAUUAGAUCUUGACUUGUGUGUUUUGUUUUUGAAAAUGUGAAUGGGACAGGAGACUGACUGCCACCGUCCAGUGUUCUGUCAUCACUCAUUACAAUGUCACUGCCUCCUUUGAUCUGAAUCUACUGCUGUAUUCUCUGGCUACGGUCGUCUUCAAUAUCUUACACUGAAUGAAACCCGGACUCUGUGAGAAAAUAUCUCACCGGUUUUCAGUUGCAUCUGCCUUUGUGAACAUAUUAAGUGUCUGUGAUUAAGGAACAUCUUUCUGUGCAUAUGAGUUGCAUGGCCUCUGAGUGUGUGCAUUUGAGUAUGAUGUGUGUGUGUGUGUGUGUGUGUUUGUGACCAGAAGCACAGACCUACUGUAUAGCUGUCUCCAUGGGGACAGUAGAUCUGAGGAUUUACUUUCUGCGUGACCCUUUCACCUCAGGGGAAAUGGCUGCCAUUCUUCCCAUCAUUCUGAGAGAAGUGGCCUCAUCACACACAUUCCACCAGAGGAAUGUCGUAGAGAAGGAUAGUUCCUGAUGUGUUGAACUGAAUAGUGGAGGUAUGCAGCGGCUGACCCUGAGCAGUAGUGUGGGGGUAAAGGCAAUGACGUCACGUGACUGAUGGAAUAAGAGCUCCUGUCAUAGAGCCUGGUAUCACAAGUUCUUGUGGCUCUUCACAGACCUACAAAGCCAAGAAGACAUGUCCUUUACCUUUGAUGAAUAAUCUAUUUUGUUAUAUUUAGUGAAAGUUUCUAUAUUUUUUUUCUAGCGUUGACACGCCUGAAUUCUGAUUUAUCUAAAGUAUCUUGUAUUUUAAUGCGCUGUAGAGCCUCUUCUGAAUGUAUUGGUAAAUAUACAUUGUUUAUUUAAUGUGGCAGCCUGUUGACCAAUUAGAUUCUGUAGAUAUAGCAUCAUAUCUUUUUAUAGGGGUGUUAUGACAUCACGUAUGGUGCUACCUACGCCAGGGUCCAAGGGGGGCUCAGGUGCACCAAUUUUGAGUGACAUCACAUUUCACUCCCAAUUACUGUUUUCUAAAGCCUGUUUACAUUUCAAUCCCUAGCCCCUUCCCCCAAUCCCUCCCCCUUCUUUAGGCAGAUCUGCAAAGUCUGGAGAGGUGAAAGCAGUAUGUCUUACACUUUACUUAGCCUGUUGGCGGGCUAGGUGGAGCUGUCGCAGUACUUUCACCUAUCAAAAAUCUUGAGGAUGUGCCGGACCAAUGAGCUAAGGGCUAGGGACAGAAAUGAAACCGUGCUUCCCUUAUUUUUUUAAUGUUCUCUCAUGUACAGUAAUUGUCAAUCGUUCAAGGCUCUAGGUGAGCUUUCGUAGUUGGGAUAGGUGCAAACAAGGGCUUCACAUUCUUGAGUAGACAAAGGAACCACUGGUGUGUGGAUAUGGUACUUUACUGUUUGGAUAGCAUAUUUACUUCAUGUUCAAGUAUUGUGCAGUGUAAUCGCACAGAAAAGUGUCAUUUUGAUUUUACAGAGGAAUGAACUUUCAUGUGGUUGGAGGAGUUUCUAGUGUUACCGGUGGGGUUUCAAGAGCUGUAGGUGAAUUAUGUGGUUUGGUACCCCGAUCCAGAGCUAAAUUACAAGUCUUUUAACUCCUCAAUGGCUGAGAAUGGGGAGGGAUGCUACAGCAUCUUGUGUAGACUCAUGCGUUGUUUUAAAUGUGAAAUGCACUUUAUGUUGUUGGACAAAAAAAUGGCACAACAAAUUAAGUAUCUGCAAAAUGAAAACUAUAAAUGAUAAUCAACAUGCACUAACUGAGAUAUUGUAAGACGUGUGAACGUGGUGUGUAUUUUUUCAAGGUGUUAGAUGUACAUUUUUGUUGCUUUGGUUAGUUUACCGAAUUGAGAGAUGUUGUUAAUUUUGUAUUAAAAGAAUGUGCUGUGCAUUAAAAACACAAGCCCUG